AUGAGGCUGAAUAAGAGCUGGCCCGCGGCCUUUUUGUUUGCAACUUGUGCACGCGCCAGCGUUGACCCAUUGAGUCUUGUUGAUCCCUUGAUUGGCACCAACAAUGGCGGAAACGUCUUUGCCGGUGCUAAUUUGCCUUACGGCAUGGCAAAAGCCGUGGCCGAUGUCAAUGGGGAGAAUACUGGAGGCUUUGCGACUGAUGGCAGCAGCGUUACAGGCUUCUCUUCCAUGCACGAUUCAGGCACCGGAGGUAAUCCUUCAUUAGGAAACUUCCCAAUCUUUCCACAGAUCUGUAAGGAUGAUGUGAUUGAUAAUUGCGAUUUUCUCAUCGGCUCUCGUGCUGUAAGCUACAUCAACUCUUCGGUUGUGGCCACUCCAGGCUAUUUCGCCCUUGCAUUGUCAAAUGGCAUCACCGCAGAGAUGACCGCCACACACCACGCUGCACUGUACAAGUUCAACUUCCAGGAUGCCUUGAAUGGCACCACAGGAACUAAGCCGCUUGUUCUUCUGGAUUUAACCGAUCUUUGGCAAAGUCGUCAAAAUGCCACCAUCAGCAUCGAUGAGACGAGUGGCCGUAUUAGUGCAAAUGGGACAUUUUUACCAAGUUUUGGCUCUGGUUCUUAUGAAUCCUUUGUCUGUGUUGACUUUGCAGGUGGCAGUGUUAACGACACUGGAAUAUGGGUCAACAAUCGAGCUGGCACCGUAGUCAAGGAUCUGUUUGUCACUCGUGGCUUCAACGAUUUCUAUCUCCAAGCAGGCGGAUUUGUCACCUUUGAUAGUAUAUCUGCUAAUGUAUUCUACGCGCGAGUGGGAGUUAGCCUCGUUAGCACCCAUCAAGCAUGUCGGAAUGCGGAGACAGAAAUCUCUGACCCUGCGUCGAAUUUCAGCCAAAUACAAACCUCUGCUGAAUCCGCAUGGAGAGAAAAGCUUAGCCCUGUGUCGGUGAAUGCUACCGGGGUGAGUGAGAACUUGCAAACACUGUUCUGGAGUGCCAUCUACCGUACAAUGAUGUCUCCGCAAAACUAUACGGGCGAGAAUCCUCUAUGGAACAGCACUGAGCCGUAUUUUGACUCUUUUUACUGCAUUUGGGACGCUUUCCGUGUGCAAUAUCCCCUGUUGACCAUUGUCGACCCAAACGCCAUGUCACAAAUGGUUCGAAGCUUAAUAGAUACAUACAAAUACGAAGGAUGGAUGCCUGACUGUCGGAUGAGUCUUUGCAAAGGCUGGACUCAGGGUGGCUCCAAUGCUGAUGUGGUUUUAGCGGACGCUUUUGUAAAGAAUCUCACUGGAAUAGACUGGGAUCUCGCUUAUGACGGACUGGUUAACGAUGCCGAAAAUGAGCCGUUGGACUGGUCAGUCCAAGGACGGGGUGGCCUGCAAAGCUGGAAGAACUUGGACUACAUUCCGUACCUCGAUUUUGACUACCUCGGAUUUGGAACCAACUCUCGGUCAAUUUCGCGCACCGUUGAAUACGCUUAUAAUGAUUACUGCGUUAGUGUCGUUGGUAAGGGGCUGGGAAAGACAAAUGCCACGACAUAUCUAUCUCGAUCAAUGAACUGGCAAAAUAUCUUCAAAGCAGAUCAAACCUCUUACAUCAAUGGAACCGAUACGGGAUUUGUGGGUUUCUUUCAGCCUAAAUAUCUGAAUGGCACCUGGGGUUAUCAAGACCCCAUCGCCUGCAGUCCCCUAGCUUCCUUUUGCUCGUUGACUGACAACCCAUCUGAGACAUUCGAGUCUAGUGUGUGGGAAUAUCAAUUCUACGUGCCCCAUGACAUGAGUUCCUUAAUCAGUACCCUAGGUGGCGCAGAUCACUUCAUCUCACGACUUGAUUUCUACUUUGAGUCUGGGAUAGCCGACAUUGGGAACGAGCCAGUCUUCCUUUCCGUGUACGCCUACCAUUACGCCGGUCGCCCAGGACUCUCUACUAGGCGCGCACACAGCUUCAUUCCGGCAUAUUUCAACGCCACCGAAUCCGGCCUGCCGGGCAACGAUGACUCUGGAGCCAUGGCAUCGUUCACAAUAUUCUCCCAAUUAGGACUAUUCCCCGUUGCCGGGCAGAAUGUCUAUCUUAUUUCCACGCCCUUCUUCGAUUCCAUCAACAUCACUAGCCCGCAGACGCAAAAAACGGCAACAAUUCGUGUGACAAAUUUCGAUCCUACCUAUACUGACAUCUAUAUUAUGAACGCCACACUCAAUGGAGAACCAUAUACCAAGAGUUGGAUUGGUCAUGAGUUUUUCCUCGAGGGUCAGACGCUCGAGUUGACAGUUGGUCCGAAUGAGAGUGCCAGCACGUGGGGAACGAGUGCGGAUGAUUUGCCCCCUAGUAUCUCUACCGCAACUCAACUUUUAGUGUGA